AUGGAUGCCGCAAAUCUCUUUAAUGUCAAGGACAAGGUAGUUCUUGUUACAGGUGGAGCAAAGGGAGUUGGGCGCAUGAUAUCAGAAGGCUUCGUCACGAAUGGAGCUAAAGUCUACAUCUCAUCCCGCGAUGCCAAAGCCUGCGAAGAAGCUUGCAAAGAAUUGAACGCACUCGGCAAAGGUUCCGCACACGCCAUUCCAGCUGACUUUUACAAACUCGAAGAUUGCAAACGCAUGGUGGAUGAAUUACAAAAGAAAGAAAAGAAAUUACAUAUCUUGGUUAACAAUUCUGGAAGCAAUUGGGGAGCUCCUUAUGCGGAAUUUCCGGAUGCAGCAUGGACAAGAGUCUUGACUCUCAACCUCACCAGAGUUUUUACUCUCACCCAAGCACUCACGCCUCUCAUGGAAGCCGCAUCUAGCCCCGAAGACCCAGCACGCAUCAUCAAUAUUGGUUCCGUUGACGGAAUCCGCGUUCCUUCUCUCGAAACUUUCUCAUACUCUGCCAGUAAAGCUGGUUUACACCAAUUGAGCAGAGUUCUGGCAAAUCAUCUAGGAAAGAAAAAUAUUACGAGUAAUGUGUUGGCUUGUGGACCAUUUGAGAGUAAGAUGAUGGCAGCUACACUCGAGAACUUCAAAGACGAGAUUGUGAGUGGGAUUCCACUGGGUAGAAUUGGAAGUAAGGAGGAUGUGGCAGGGGCUUGUUUGUUUUUGGCGAGUAGAGCGGGCAGUUAUGUUAAUGGAGCGACAAUUGCUUUGGAUGGAGGAAGUUUGGUGCAGAGUAAAUUGUAA